AUGAAAAGGCAAAUGUGGUGGGGACUCAAGAACAAAAUUUUGGCACAAGAUUCCAUCAAAUUGAAGUCCAAGGAGAGGGGGUCAGGGGGACAACGUAAGCAGGAUCUAGAAUUAAGAGUGGGGACUUGGAACAUAGGAACUCUAGAAGCCAAGUCAUUGGAGUUGAUCAAUGAGCUCUCUAAAUACAGGAUUCUCGUAGCAUGUGUUCAAGAGACUAGGUGGAAGGGGAAAAAAGCAAAAGGUAUUAAAGGAUAUAAGUUGUGGUAUGCAGGUAUGGACGGCAGAAAUAACGAGGUUGGCAUUCUAGUGCCUAAUGAUAUCCUAAAGCAAUUGGUUGAAGUAAGGAGAUGUAAUGACAGAAUCAUACUAGUUAGGAUAGUAGUGGGGGAAGAGAUCAUAGCCAUUGUCAAUGCGUACGGGCCCCAACUUGGCCUCGACGAGCAGGUGAAGUGCGAGUUCAGGGAUAAACUAGGAGAUCUCAUGAGAACUAUCCCGGAAAACGAGAAAUUUUUCUUAGGAGGAGACUUUAACGGACAUAUAGGUAGAGAUGCACGCAACUAUAACUCGAUACAUAGUGGGUUUGGUUUGGGGGCAAGGAAUGAGAGUGGGGAGAAUUUGCUGGCUUUUGCGCUAGCAAAAGAAUUGGUUAUAGCAAACUCGAUCUUUAGAAAGAAAGAUGAGCAUUUGACCACAUGUAAGAGCGGGGGGCAUGUAACCCAAGUUGACUAUUUCCUAGUGCGCAAGGGAGAUCGAACCUCAUGCUUAGACUGUAAAGUAGUGUUGGGUACAGAGAUGUCCACCCAACACAGGCUUUUAGUACUGUUUUUCAGGAUGAGGAAGAAAAUUGUAGAGAAGAAGGUCAAUUUCAGGGGACAGAUCAUGUGGGAGAGACUCAAAGGGAAUAUGGCCACAACCCUGUCAAACAAGAUAAAUUUAUCGGGCUUCUCAAGAUAG